UCAUGUGAUGUCCAAGAUGGCGGUGUCCAGCGAGGCGGAGGAGGAGGCGGCAGUUUACUUAAUAGUGAGCGGCAUCCCCUCGGAGUUGCGCUCAGCCCAGCUACGGAGUUACUUUAGUCAGUUCCGGGAACAGCGCGGCUGUGGCUUCCUCUGUUUCCACUACCGGCAUCGGCCUGAGCGGACCCCUCCCCAGGCUGCUCCCGACUCUACCCUAACUCCUGUCCGCCAGCGUCUCGCCGAGACUUCACUCAGCGAUGCCCGCGCUGUCUCCACUCAGGACUCUGCUCCCACCCAGACCCGCACCUGCUGCUGCGUCAUCUCCGUACGGGGGGCAGCUCAAGCCCAGAGGUUUCUCCGCAUGUACUCGGGCCGCCGGUGGCUGGAUUCUCAAGGGACUUGGUUACCUGGUCGUUGUUUUAUCCGCAGACUUCGGCUACCUACUGAGGCAGCAGGUUUGGGCUCCUUUCCCUUCAAGACCCGGAAGGAACUGCAGAGUCGGAAAGCUAAGAGUGAAGCCUUCACGCUGGCUGACCUAAGGCAACUGCCAGAGCUGAACCCACCCGUGCUGAUGCCCAAUGGGAAUGUGGGGACUCCCCUGCGGGUCUUUUUGGAGUUAAUCCGGGCCUGCCGCCUACCCCCUCGGAUCAUCAGCCAGCUGCAGCUCCAGUUCCCCAAGACAGGUUCCUCCCGGCGCUAUGGCAAUGUGCCCUUUAAGUAUGAGGACUCAGAGACUGUGGAGCAGGAAGAGCUUGUGUACACAGCCGAGGGUGAGGAAAUACCCCAGGGAACCUGCUUGGCAGACGUACCAGCCAACCCCUGUGGAGAGCCAGAGGAAGAAGGGGAAGAGGAAGAAGAGUCACACUCAGAUGACAACGACGACCGGGGUGAGGAGUGGGAGCGGCACGAAGCACUGCAUGAGGAUGUGACCGGGCAGGAGCGGACCACUGAGCGGCUCUUUGAGGAGGAGAUCGAGCUCAAGUGGGAGAAGGGCGGCUCAGGCCUGGUGUUCUACACCGAUGCCCAGUUUUGGCAGGAGGAGGAAGGAGACUUUGAUGAACAGACAGCCGAUGACUGGGAUGUGGACAUGAGUGUGUACUACGAUGCAGAUGGUGGAGACAAAGAUGCCCGAGACUCUGUCCAGAUGCGUCUGGAACGGAGACUCCGUGAUGGCCAGGAGGCCGGCUCCGUGAUUGGACACCACCUGGGCACCUUCGAGCGCCACACCAAGGGCAUAGGGCGGAAGGUGAUGGAGCGGCAGGGCUGGGCUGAGGGCCAGGGCCUGGGCAGCCGGUGCUCAGGGGUGCCUGAGGCCCUGGAUAGUGAUGGCCAGCACCCCAGAUGCAAGCGUGGAUUGGGGUACCAUGGAGAGAAGCUCCAGCCAUUUGGGCAACCGAAGAAGCCCCGUGGAACUGGCUUGGGGCUCAUCUCCACCAUCUAUGAUGAGCCCCUACCCCAGGACCAGGGGGAGUCGCUGCUCCGCCGGCAGCCACCCACCAGCAUGAAGUUUCGCACAGACAUGGCUUUUGUGAGGGGUUCCAGCUGUGCCUUGGACAGCCCCUCAGAGCCGGAGUGACAGGUUCAAGGGCUUGCUUAAUCAGGAUCACUCAUAACUGCACAGUGGCAGCCCUCUGCCGGGCAGAAAGAACUCUGGGAGCAGCAGUCUGCGCAGCUUGUUCAGAACUUGCCUUAUGGCUGUCUACCUCAGGGGCGUUUUAAUAAAAAGCCCCCAUCCUCCCCUUUGAUGAUGGGGCUUAAUGACCUGUCCUCCGUGGUCUCCUAACCCUAGUCCCUGUUUGGGCUUGCUCCUGUUGCCUCCCCCAGCACCUUGAAAAGCUGGAUUGACUGAGGUUAUCAGCACAACCUUCCUGGGGGCGGGGGGUGCGUUUUCACUAUGAAGCCUGGAAAGAGGGAAAAGGGGACAUGGAAGAGGAGAGGAUUUGAGCUCCGAAGAGACGGUCUUGGGGCGGGCCCUCCAUCGCCUCUACCCUUCACUGGCUGGGAAAGGGCAGCGGAGAGUCCGCUGCAGGUGUCCGGGGUCUGCGACCUAACGGGAGAAUAAAAAAGUUUACUACC